GGUCGUCUCAUCAUCUGACAGCUGGCUCAGACAGGAGUUGUGUCGGCCAGCAGAGAGGACUGUUGAUGGACCAGAUUUCCUUCCCCGGGAUAUUUUACCGAAGCGGUUGAGAGCACCGGACCGAACCAGAAGCUGUACCGCCCCGGUCCGGCCAUGGACGAGCAGGCGGGCCCCGGCGUCUUCUUCAACAACAACAACAACAACUCGGGUUUGCCCGGCGCUGGGAAUAUUAAAGCUCCGCAGACUGGCGACGUCGGGGGCGGAGAGGCGGCCAGGGCUCAGUACAACAUCCCGGGGAUUUUACACUUUCUCCAGCAUGAGUGGGCCCGCUUCGAGGUGGAGAGGUCACACUGGGAGGUCGAGCGGGCCGAGCUGCAGGCUCAGAUCGCCUUCCUGCAGGGGGAGAGGCGAGGUCAGGAGAACCUGAAGAAAGACCUGGUGAGGCGGAUCAAGAUGCUGGAGUACGCUCUCAAACAGGAGAGGGCAAAAUACCAUAAGCUGAAAUAUGGAACAGAACUGAACCAGGGAGAAAUCAAACCUCCGAGUUAUGAUUCAGAUGAGGGGAAUGACAGCGAGGCUCCCAGUCCUCCGAACAGCAGCCAUCAGCUCAGCUGGAAACAAGGACGCCAGCUGCUCAGACAAUACCUGCAGGAGGUCGGAUACACAGACACCAUCCUGGAUGUGAAGUCUCAGAGAGUGAGAGCGCUGCUCGGUCUGACCGGAGACUCAGGAGAGAAACCCUCAGAGAAGAAAGUCGAACCGAUGGUCAACGGCACCGAACCGUCCUCCCUGAAGGACAGCGGCAUGGUCAGUAAACCGGACAUGUCCGACUCAGCCACCGUGUUGGAGGCCUUCAAGUUCAUUGAGAGCGCUGCAGCAGAAUUCAGCGACGAGGACGAGGAGGAGGACAGUGAAGGACGGGAUAAGACCAUCUUAGACCUGGCUACAAUGGUGAGGAAGAAACAGUCGUCUACCCCUUCGUCCACGACCUCUGACCUCAGCGACGACCCCGACACGGAGGAGGCUCUGAAGGGUUUUGAUUUCUUGGCGAGUCCAGACGAGUUGGACGGAUCUCCGGAGUCCAGGAGCGGGGAGGACAGCGGAGAGUGGGAGAAGGAAGAGCAGUCUCCUCUGGGUGAACUGGCCUGGGACGUGGACCAGGGACUGAUAGCCCAGCUCAAGGAGCAGUACAGGAAGGAACGCAAGGGCAAGAAGGGGGUAAAGAGACCAAACCGGUCUAAGCUCCAGGACAUGCUGGCUAACCUGCGGGAUGCUGAGGAGAUUCCCUCCCUGCAGCCUCCCGUGACACCCCCCUCCCGCCCCGCUGUACCCAGACUCAAUGAGCACGAAUUGGGACGCCCAGAAGAAGAGGCAAUGACCUUCCUGCCAUCGUCUGGGAAGUCGUUUAUACUGGGCAGAGUGGACGAGGCGGUUUCUAACGAGCUGGGACUGGGAGAACUGGCAGGACUGACGGUCGCCAACGAGGCUGAAACCCUGGCGUAUGACAUCACCAACAACAAAGACGCUCUGAGGAAGACCUGGAACCCAAAGUUCACCCUGCGGAGCCACUUUGACUCGGUGCGGAGUCUGGCCUUCCACCCGGUGGAGCCCGUCCUGGUCACCGCCUCCGAAGAUCACACCCUCAAACUGUGGAACCUCCAGAAGACGGCGCCCGCCAAGAAAUGUGCUGCUUUAGACGUGGAGCCCAUCUACACAUUCAGAGCUCACAGCGGCGCUGUGCUGUGCGUCACCAUGAGCUCCAGUGGUGAGCAGUGCUUCAGUGGCGGCGUGGACGGCACCAUCCAGAGCUGGAACACCCCCAACCCCAACAUCGACCCCUACGACUCAUAUGAACCCUCUGUCCUGCGGGGGGCACUGUUAGGUCACACAGACUCAGUGUGGGGUCUGGUCUACAGCUCGGCCCACCAGCGCCUCCUCUCCUGCUCGGCUGAUGGGACAGUCCGGCUGUGGAACGCCGCCGACACCUCGCCAUCUCUCGCUGUCUUUAACGAGAGAGGAGAGCUGGGAGUGCCGACCUCGGUGGACCUGGUGAGCAGCGAGCCGGCUCACAUGGUGACAUCUUUCACCACUGGCCACAUCGGACUCUUCAACAUGGAGACGCAGCAGCUCGUCCUGAAGCUGGAGUCCGCCGGGCCGCCAGAAGCUCCCUGCAAGAUCAACAAAGUGCUGAGUCAUCCCACGCUGCCAAUCACCAUCACAGCUCAGGAGGACCGGCACAUCCAGUUCUUCGAUAAUAACACAGGUAAACUGAUCCACUCGAUGGUCGCUCACCUGGACUCUGUCACCAGUCUCGCUGUGGAUCCAAACGGACUGUACCUCAUGUCUGGAAGUCACGACUGCUCGAUCCGUUUGUGGAACAUGGAGAGCAAGACGUGCAUCCAGGAGUUCACCGCUCACCGCAAGAAGUUUGAGGAGUCGAUCCACGACGUGGCAUUCCACCCUACCAAGUGCUACAUCGGCAGCGCCGGGGCUGACGCGCUCGCCAAGGUGUUCGUAUGACCUGACACCAGCUGAGUGUGGAGCUCAGAGGACGGGUGGAGCGUCACAGAGAUGGAGGAGGGUGGAGUUGGUCUCCACUGUUGAGUUUGGAUGAGGAAGCAGAAAACUGAAGGUGACAAUAGCCGGACUGCUCCUUUAAGAUCUGUCAAAUAUUCGCCCCCCCCACCCCCCUUCGGACUUAGGCUGGCCCGGGUCCCGAAACAAACAAACCUCUGGAUGAGACGAUGAAUGAAACAGGAAGUGGCAAAAAAUCCAUACAGGAACUCUCGGUACAUUUUAGCAAAGCUGGAAUCUUUUUUCUUUUAACAUAAAAACUCUCCACCGUCACUGACCCCAAACACUCCAGUAAAAACAGCCUGCGUGUCGGUGUUGCUUUGAAAUAUUGUUCAUGAUAAUGUGCCUUUUUUCUUCACAACAUAAAUUCUUUUAGGUUUUGAGGGAAAAUGAUUUUGUGCAUCAGAAGAUCAACUUUUUCACUUUCAAAAUAAGACGACCCAAUUUUAACAAGUCAGAUCCGAAUGUGUCACAAGCUCAUCACACACGUGGAGACUGAGUCGACUCAUUUAUGAUCAGAACUCAUGUGAGCGCUCUCAUUUCACCUCAUGAUGACAUCACACUCUGCGCAGGACUCUGUGGAUUUUUGCUUCUUAAAUUGAUUUGGUGUGAUUUUCAUUAUUUCCUGUUUAAGUCGUUGCCUGCGGCCUGAAGAAGUUUAAUCGGUCGGAUUUUGGAGAGUGGUCGAGUUUCAUCCUGUAAACGCCCACGCCAGGAGGUAAGAGGUCAAAGGUCAUGACCCAGAUUAGUGACACUUGUGUCGGGUGGACUCAGAGACUCUGUCAGCAGGUCAGAUCACAAACAUCUGGAGGGUUUCAUUUCAAAAUCAGAUGGUUUCUGACACAUGAAACAUGUGUCAACAUGUGUAGCUCUGCUCAUAUAUUUGGAGCAACAGUAACGCUCACUGCGCUCUGAUAGAGCAGGUGUGUCACAGAGUGGAGGUCCUUCCCUAACAAACAGUCUUUGGCUGAGUGCAGACGUGAUUCAGAGAAUUAACUGGAGUUUUAUUUCUGCACAGUGAGCUGUGGUGUGGCUUAGAGAAGAAUAAUCUGCGUUGUGGUUGUACAUCGAUGAAAUUUGGCAGCAGCAGCAGUGAGAAAUGUUAUCAAACAGAUUUAUUAGAUGUCAUGGGAGACUUUGAGAGUAGCAGAGCUGCAGGAACCAGCUAGAGGCUGAAAAAAGGGAAUUGGCUGUUAUUCAAACUUUCAGUCUGAGUAAUUUGACACUGUGCUGCUGCUGCUGCACCUUUUUAAAAAAAAAUCAGCACAGGUUCAUUCGUGUUCUCCACAUUCCCACCUGAGCACAGAACGUGCACGAACAUGUCCUAGAGUUUAAUAUCUACGUUUAAAAGAAUACUUCUGCCCCCGAAUGACUAUUUGUUCAUCAGUUACUCGCCCCGUGUCAUGUUGAAUUCAUGAAGAAAACUGUUUUUCACGCAUGCCUCCACGGUGAACGAAAAAUACAAAAACGUGGGGUCGAAGAAAACUCUCACAUAACUAAUGUAGUGCAAUUCAAGUCUCUCUCAGCCAGUCGUAUGCUCAGUACUUCCCAAACAAACAGCUAUUUCCAACCAAGCAGCGUCCCAGGAGGCUGAAAAUGAAGCCAAAAGUGCCAAAAACUGCAGUUCCUCUAAUGUCCACUUGAGGACCUCAUAGACCUCCAUG